AUGGGGGCCCAGGGUACCUCAUCUGCUAUACUGCAAGCGGACCUAUCACAGUUCGAUGUUUUGGACACUCCUAUUGCACAAGAGGAGAUGGGGCAAUUCAGCUUGAGCAGCGACGAGAAGGGUAGGAAGAAGGAUCCUGUGGUUGGUACAGAUCAGUCCAAGGAGACUUAUUGGGGAAGAAUUGCCAAGUACUUCAACACAUAUAGGAAGCCAACCAUGAUGACUAGGUCCGACAAGGCUCUAAUCAACCACAUGAAGCUCAUUACGGACGCAGUUAGCAAGUUCAUGGUUCAUGUUAGGAAGGUUGAGCAACUGAAUCCUAGCGGGACCAAUGAGCAUGAUAAGAUGGCUCGAGCUUGCACGACAUAUAAGGGCAUUGAGGGAAAGCCUUUUGCAUACACGCACUGCUGGGUCAUGCUUGCCGACCACCCGAAAUGGCACGCCCACGAGUCCACGAAGGCACAAAUGCUGCAGGAUGUGAUGGAUACACAAUCGAGCCAAGCUGCAUGCAACAAAGUGGCGAAUGACGCGGCCUCGAACGCUUCGAUGGAGCUUCCUUGGCCUAUUGGACGGGACGCAGCUAAAACGGCCCGUGCGUGCAAAUCUCCUUCCACUACUUCAUUGGCAACCGUCUCUGGUGGUAUGUAUGAAAGGCACCUAGUUGACCUUACUGAAACAAAGAAGGUUAUGGUCGAGUUGAAGAAGGAGUAG